CAUUAUGAAAAAAAGUUUUUAGUAAAAAUCAAAACGUUUUCGUCGAUCGUCACUCUCUUUCACCAGCCGGCGAAUAUUCACGAUAAAGCCCGAAUGUAUGCGAACUCUCGCGUUAAAUCACACACAUAAACAUGCUUAGCUGACAUUCAUACGCACACAUACACACAUGUGCGCGCGCAAGCCAAAAUGUUGUAGGCACUUCUUAGUUCAGUUCAGUUAGUCCAGUAGCACUUGGUACUCUGCGCUGUAACUACGCUCGUAUCCAACCGGCAUAAUAAUAAACGUUGCCGUUGGUGUUGAGCGGGAAAAGUAACAAUCAAAAAUAAAACGAGUAUACCCAUUUGACGGCAAAAUUGCGGCCGAGGAGCAAAGGCAGCAACAGCAGCCGGAAAGUUGGAAAGGCAGCAGCAGUAUGGGCACUAACAGUCCGCUACCUCAUAUUCACGAGAAUAUGGACGACAUCGGCGGUGCACCCAAGGACCGGCUGGUCAGCAUCCUCGACUGCAUUGAAACGCACGUCGAACAAUUGCGCAAAGAUGCUCUCAGAAUUGAAGAAGCCAAAGACACUCUUCUUACAACCCUCGACACACUUCGUAACAACGACGUUUUCGUCAAUCUCGAAGAGACUGACAGAGAUGAUAUCUUGAGAUAUGCAGAGAGGCUGUCCAUGAGAUGUUUAACAGUUGAUGUACUUGUUAAAGUUCAACGUGAUGAUGUUCAACAAGAUGCUUUGCACCAGGUAAAUGGACUUAUAGAUAGUUUAGUAAUGGGACUUCGUAAUGAUCCUAGUGCAACAAGACAACGCUGUGCUUCCUUUAUGAAUGCUUGCUCCUCUCAGGGUGAAUCGGAGCAUUGUGAUAAGAUGUUUGAAAAUGCUAUUUUAGGAUGCACCCUUGAUGAUCAGAAACGAAUUAAGAAACGAUUGCAAGGAUUGUUAGAUUAUAUCGACAAAGUUCACACUAUCACACUAGAGUAAAGUUGUAAUUACUUUGAGAAUAAGACUUAAACUAUGUGCAUUUGAACAAACAUGCAUUAUGGCCAUUAAAGUUAUAAUGUCAGUGAAAAGACAUUAUUUAAAGUGUACUGAUGUUUAGUGCUUAAAAAUUGUUGAGGAAGAAAUAAGUACUAUAGAUGUCUCUAUUUUGACAGUACUUGUUUUUCAACAAAUUUCUAGCAGUCUUGAUUUAUGAAACUUAUUCAAAUAUAAAUAGAUUCAUUAUGAUUUUAUUUUUGAUAAUAACUUAUUUCAUAAUUUUCAUUCUAUGAAUUUUGAAUUUCACUUGAUAGAUCUCGCCUUAAUAUAAGUGAACAUAAACAAGUGCUGAUAAAAUAGGACACAACAGGUAAUUUGAAAUAUUUGAAAAUUAACGCAUUCUUUUGUUAUUAAACAAUUAGUUACUUUUGAAAAAGGUACAAUUAAUUUCAUAAGGUCUUCUGUAAUUAGUGAUUAAU